AUGGUUCUUGGAUUUAUUCCCUCAGAGCCGAUAUCGAAGGGUCUUUCGCUUCUUGGCUACCAUAGCAUCGAUAAGCAAAUUCUGUCGUUUCCCAUCAAUGCAGAAGUAACUGUAUACAGCAAAGAAGCAGGAAGCAGGAAAGAUCUGUGGGGGGUGGAGAUCAAAGGCAAACGGGGGUAUGUGCCAAAGAGAUAUAUCCGAGAAAAUAAAAUUUUAAUAAAAGACCUUAAAUAUGAAGUUCCAACUGAAUCCUUUACUGAUGAUAAACAUUUGAAGGAUCAUCAUAGUGAGGAUUCAGAAGAAAUUCAUGAAGUAUCUGAUAAUACUGAGAAUGAAGAAAAAACUUUAGGUGUAGAAGAAAUUGCCUUAAGUGCUGAGGAUGUAGAGUUUAAUCUCUUAAAAGUCCAAGAGGCAGAAAAAGAACAACACUAUGAAGAGAACAUCAGAGCAUCUCAAGAAUUCAAAGGUAGUGAAGAUGAAGAACAAAAACAUUCAAAUGAUAGAAAAAGUGAUGAGGAACUUGAAGACAAGGAAGAAAUUAAGACUGAUGAAGUAAAAGAAAAGGAAGAAAAAAUAAUUGAAGAAAGUUUUGAAAUUGAGAAAGACAACUGGGAUGGUAAGAAGGAAGAUGCAGAUAUUAAAGAAAAACAAGCUGACUCUGGAGGGGAAAAGGAGGACACACCAGAAGUGUUCAGUGAUACUGUAAAUAUCUCAAAUUCAGUUUCUGCUUCUAACAUAGGUCUCCCAAGCCCUGACUUAUCACAAUUUGAAAAUAAAUCUGCAGAUAGUGUUGCUACUGAAGAAUAUAAUGACAAGAAGUUGGAUGACAUUAAAAGAUCUCCGUUAAAUUUUGAAGUAAUUGAUGGUACUACAGUAGAAAUUUUUGAUGAAAUGGCUAGUGCUACACACAUACCUCCUGUUAUUGAGCCAUCUACAGUCAUUUCUGAAGAAUCUUCAGGAAUGAACGAAAAGUUGGCUGCAGGGCAUGCACAUCCAUCUCUUUCUCAGUCAUCAUUAGACACAUCUCAAUCUCAUUUUGUUAAUACCAAACCUUUAGUGGUGUCAAGUUUGGAAGAGAGUGGAUCAGUAAUUCCAGAAAUUGUUAGUUCUACUCCUAUGGUUGAAAAUUCUCAGCAAACCACAAUGAUUUUUCCUUCUGAAGAGGAACAUAGUGUGCAGAGAGAACAAACUACAGGUAUUUCAGAUAUUAAUUCAUCUUCAUCAUGGUUUGAUGCAUCUUCAACAGUAACAUCUUGGAGUAAUGGUGAAAAAGAAGUAAUUGAAGGAAAUAUAAUAAACAAGAAAGAAGAAAAUGAAGUAAAAAAAGAAAAAGAAAGUAAGGCAAAAGAAGGUGAAGUAAAAGAAGAAAGCGAAGUAAAAGAAGAAAAAGUAAUUGAAGAGGAAGAAAAUAAAGUCAAAGUAAAAGAAGAUAUUAAAGAAGGAAAAGCAAAAGAUGACAAAGAAAAUGCAAUGAAAGAAGAAGAAAGCGAGGAAAAAGAGAAUGAAGGAAAUAACACUCAGGAAACUACAGAAAAUUUAAGUGAGGGGAGUACUGCCGGGUCAUCUUCUGUUAACACUAUCUCUGGCACAAGUACUACAGAUAGCACACCAACUGAUGAUGAAUUUGGAAUACCAAAACCAGAUUCAGUAGCUGAGACUGCAGAUAAACAGGCAGUAGUUACAGGAGGUUUUUUAUCUUCUUGGUUUGGCAGCUUAGAAAAUGCAAAUAGUCCAGAAUCUGUGGAAUCCCAGGAUUCUUUAGACUCUUCCCCAGCACCAAAGGAUUCUAAUGAAGAAGAGCCUAAUAGUGCUUCAGAUGACAGUAUAGCAGGUGAUUUGGAAGCGGAUCCACUCCUGUCAGUUUCCCAAAUUGCUAUCACUGAGACUCCUGGUGCUUCUGUGUAUGAGAAUGAAAUUCCAGAUAACAUUUUACAAACUCCAAAUUCUGCAGAUGAAGAUUAUAAUACCUUCAGCACCCAACAACAUACCCCUCCUUCAGAAGAUGCCAGUCCUGAUUCUCCAGUGUUACCCAGCCCGGAACAGGAUCUAAAAAUAAUCCUUAGUACCGAUGGUCAAUCUUCUGUGGGAGAUUUGGUUCAUGACUUUGGUGCUUUGGAAACCAGAAGUGAAGAGGAUGCAAAUAUUAUUGAUACAGAUUUUGUAAAUGGAGAAGAGUCAAAAAUUUCAAACCUAUCAGAAGUAGAAGAUCCUCAGGCCUUUCCCUCAGACGAAGAUGAGGAAGAUCCUGGAUCAAGUACCGCACGACCGAUGUAUGCCGAGCCAGAGCCUUCAACCCAAGGCUCGCCUUCAGAAUCCAGCGUAGUCUCUGAUGAUCUAGCACAUCUGGCAGAAACAAAUGUGAAUGAAGAUACAUUCCCCCUAACUACAAAUAGGGUGAUGAAGAGCCAUGGAGCAGUAUCUUCGGAAAUUUUGCAUGGAGGUGAUAAAAGUGUAUCAUCAUAUCUUGAUAAUGAUGACCUAAUAACUAACAUUUUGUUUGAAAAUGUCAAACUAGUGUCACUUGAAACAGAUGAACUGGUAUCAACAGUAGCACAGAAUUGUAAAAAUGAAGCAUUGGUACAUGUAACAUGGGAUGAAAAUAUGGCAGUCUAUCCUGUAGCUUUAUCUGAGAAUUUUGAGGUAUCACAGGAAGGUUUGAUUGAUGAUAUAACCAUUGCAUGUGAAACACUGGCUGGACAUCUUAUGGUGGCACGUAAAGUUUUGGUGAAAUACACUGUGGUACCUGACACAUUACUUAAUUAUGUUACAGUACCCCAUAAAAUUUGGGAACAGGAUGGGAAAGUGCAACUCCGUACUUUGACCCAGGAUUUUAUAAUUCCUGAAAAUUUGAUUGAAUAUUUAUCAACUUCUGAAACUUUGGUUGAAGAUAUGGUGGCAACUGACACUCUCUUGGAAUAUUUAAUGAAGGAACAUGAAAUUCUGGCUUUUCAUGCCAUAGAUACACCUAAACCUUUAUCUGGAUUUGUGACACUGUUGCUCAAAACCUGGACUGAGGAUGAGAUUUUUGCCCAAAAUACUGUAACUGAAGGUGUAGUAGUAGUGGCAUCUGAAGGUUUCAGAAAAGAUGAGGUAUUAAUAUUGCAAGAAAGAUUAGUUGAAAAUAGGGAGGUGAUACCAAAAACUUUGGUUGAUGAGGCAGAGGCUCUGGAAAUUUUGGCAUAUGCAAAUUUAUUUGAAGAUAUAAAGAUAGCAUUUAAACUCUUGACUGAAUGUGCAGUUAAGGGACCUAAAGAUAGAUCACUGGUGCUGGAAAGCUUUGUUGAAGAUGUGGAUAUUGUACCAGAAAUGUUAGUCAAGAAUUUGAUAGCAAUCUUUACAAUUUUUGCCAAUUAUAUGAAAGUGGCACCUGAAGUGUUGGCUGGGUAUGAGCUGGCAGCACCUGGAGCUUUAACUUAUAAUGUGGCAACAAUAUAUGCAACCUUGAUAGGUGUCACAUUGGAAGAGAAUUUUGAUGUAAUUAUGGCGGCAUCUCAGACUUGCCUCGAAGAUUUGCUUUGGAAACUAGAGCUUAUGAUUGUUAGUAAGAGGCUGGAAAAUGACAAUUUGACUGAAAAUAUAAUAGCCCAUUUUCUUGAAACUUUUGUCAAAGAUGUGUCAGUUGGACCUGAGACUUUAAGUGAAGAUGUAGCUGUGGUAGUAAAAACUUUUGCUGGAACAACAGUGGUACCAGACACCAUGGCUGGAACAGCAGUAGUACAAGACACUUUGGCUGGAACAGCAGUGGUACCAGACACUUUGGCUGGAACAGCAGUGGUACCAGACACUUUGGUUGGAACAGCAGUGGUACCAGACACUAUGGCUGGAACAAGAGUGAUACCAGACAUCUCGGAUGGAGAUGGUAGAAAAGUGUCUACAGACAGCUUAACAGUAAAGGUAUAUAAUGCGGGAUUAGAAACCUCAGUGAAAAAUGUGGAAGUCUCAUCAUCUGAGAUCUUUACUGAAAGUACUGAACUGGUGACAAUAGAAGAUUCAAUGGAUAUAAAAGUAUUUUUUCAUAAGGAGAGUAAAACAGGUGAAGAAGUUUCAAAUUUAUUGUCAUUGGUUAAAGAAAAAAUUGUGCCUGCUAGUUUAAUUAUUGAAGGUAAAAUCCUACCCAUUAAUUUGUGUGAAGAAAUUGAGUUACCUGAAACUAUUGAGGAAGCUGAAAUGGAGCUUCUUGAUCCUGUGGAUAUUGAAGCUGAAGUAAAAUGUUUACAAACAGUUGUUAAAGUAAAGAAUUGUAAGACAGUGGUUAAACGGCAAAAAAAUGUCUGUAAACUAGUGGAAGUUGAACUUGCGGUUGAAAGAUCUGAAUCUUUGAUUGAAAUAGAACAACAUGGCUGUGUGGUUGCAGUAGAAUGUGAAGCUGUGCUUAAAGUACAAAAGCACAACACUAUUGUGGAGGUAAAGAAGUACAUUUCUUUGAAAGUUGAACUAGAAGCAAUGAAGCAAGUAGAGCAGAAAAUUUUGAUAGAGGUACAACAGCUUAAAACUAUGGUUGCUGUAGAGCAGAGUGAGACUGUGGUUGCUGUAGAGCAGAGUGAAGCUGUGGUUCAUGAAGAGAAUGAAUCUGCAUUUGAUAUAGUGGAGAUUGUAGCUGUAGUUAAUGUAGAAUAUUUUGGAGGUUUGGUUGGCCUUAGUUGUGAAGUUGUGGUUGACAUAGAAUGUCUUGGAGUGACAGAUGUACAUCUUAAAGGUGCAGUUGACUUAAGACAUGAAAAUGUGGUUGACAUAGGAUGCUGUAAAGGUGUGGUUGAUGUAGGAUGCUGUAAAGGUGUGGCUGAUGUAGGAUCCUGUAAAGGUGUGGUUGACAUAAAAUUUUGCAAGGGUGUAGCUGGAAAAACUGAGGUACAACAUCCUGCAUGUGUGGAAUACAGUGAUGCAAGUUGCCUCAAAACUCUGAUAGGAGAAGUUGUCAUUAAAUGUGAAACCAAUUUUGAUGCUGAGAGAGAUAUUUUCUCUAAGUAUGUGUUAGAAAAAUUGGGAGCCUUUGUAUUUGAGGCUGAACAUAAAGGUAUGGAAGUGACAGAUCUUGUAUCUCAGGAAGAUGAUAAACCCAUCUGGAGUGAAGAUACACUUGCACCUAUUAGCAUAUUAUCUGGUACUUUCGUUGGAGAGGAUUGUGAAAGUUAUUCUGAAUCAUUCUAUAAUGAAAUGGAGUUAGUUUCUCUUGAAAUGGAUGGUUUAUCUUGGGAAGUCCCAUCCCAGUGUGUUUUGUUAAUCCCUGACACUUCAUUUAGCAGUUUAGAGUCACUGGAUGUAGAUAACAUUGACUGUGUGGUGGAUAUUUUCAUUACUGAAGACUUCGGUGAUGGAAUGGAAUCUCAUGAAGUGGUUUCGUCUGAAAGUUUAUUUGGAAUGUUCAGCCCUGACACCUUAAUUGGUAUUAUGGAGUCUGUUCCAUUUGAAAUUGUGGUUGAAGAAGUUUUAGAUAUUUCUGACACAUUUUCACUGAUGCUGGAGCUCAAUGUGGAUGAGUCAGAAAUAGUGUUAGAAAAAUCUCCUUUGGUUGUGACAGAACCAUUAGAGGUAGAGUUUUCUAUAAAUGAAGAAAAAAUGAUCCUUGAGUAUCCAUCACUUAAACUAUUGGAAGAAAAUCUUCCAGAUGAUGAAAAACAGAUUUUUCCUUUGUAUGAGGUAGAUUCAUUUCCACUGGAGGUAACAGUAUUGAAAGAAUUGAGACAUGAGGCACAGCUAGUAAAGGCAGAUUUUGGUGUGGUUGAUGUGACUGAGAGAGCAGAUACACAUUUGACAGUGACAGAACCAUUUCAAGAGGUAUCAAGCAUAAGUGAGACCGAAGAAGCAGAGAUAGAAUCUCCUCUUAUUAUUAGGGAACUAGUUGAGGUAGGAUCUCCUUUGGGAGUGUCAGAACUAAUUAAGGAAGAGUGUCCUGUGGUAAUAGUAGAGGAAGGAUCUUCAACUUUUGCAGAUAUAUGUGAAAAAGAAUUUAAUUAUUAUAUAUCAGAUCUGAAGGAAAAAUCUAAUUUUGCUCUAACAGAACCAGCAGUGCAAGCAUAUCCUCUUGCUGUUACAAAAACAGUUGAAGCAGAAUGUCUGUGGACUUUGAGAGAACUAGAGGAAGAACUUCUUUUGCAUUUAAAAGAACCAUUUAAGGUACGGUCUCCUUUGCCUGUAGAAGAUCCAGUCAAGGAAACACCUUGCUUGAAUAAAGCUGAACCAGAGGAAAAAUUAUCUCUCGUGUCUCUGGUAGAUCUUAAUGUGGAAAAAUUUAUUUUUAUCAUGGCAGAGCUGGCUGAUGAAGACCUUUAUUUACCUGUAGCUCAGUCAGUUGAGGAAGAACUUUAUUUACCUGUAGCUCAGUCAGUUGAGGAAGAGCUUUAUUUACCUGUAGCUCAGUCAGUUGAGGAAGAGCUUUAUUUACCUGUAGCUCAGUCAGUUGAGGAAGAGCUUUAUUUACCUGUAGCUCAGUCAGUUGAGGAAGAACUUUAUUUACCUGUAGCUCAGUCAGUUGAGGAAGAACUUUAUUUACUUGUAGCUCAGUCAGUUGAGGAAGAACUUUAUUUACCUGUAGCUCAGUCAGUUGAGGAAGAACUUUAUUUACCUGUAGCUCAGUCAGCUGAGGAAGAACUUUAUUUACCUGUAGCACAGUCAGUUGAGGAAGAAUGUAGCUUACCUGUAACACAGACAGUUGAGAAAGAACUUAGUAUAGCUGUGCUACAGUCAGUUGAACAACUUAAUUUAGCUGUAGCACAAUCAGUUGAGAAUGAACCUCUUUUACCAGUAGCACAACCAGUUGAUGUAGCUGUAGCACGGCCCAUUUGGCAAGAACUUCCUGUAGCUUUCUCAGAAUUAAUUAAAGAAUUUUUUUUGCCUGUGGCAAAAUUAGAUAAUGAAGACUCCUUCUUACCCAUAGCAGGGCAUAUUGAAGAAGAGAUUCCUUACCCUCUUUUAAAAUCAGUUAAGGAAGAAUAUCUCUUAACUCGAGUGGUUUUACCAGAGCUGCUGGAGGAGGCAUAUGUUUUGGCUGUGUCAAGACCAGUUGAAGAAGAAUCACCUUUGAAUGUAAUAGAUCUUAUUGAGGCAGAUUAUCUUUUAGAUGCAGUAAAACCAUUUGAGGAAAAAACUGGUAUGCCUAUGGUAGAACCAAUUGAGGAAAAGACUGGUAUGACUGUGGUAAAGCAAGUUAAAGAAAACACUAGUAUGGCUGUGGUAGAACAAGAUAAGGAAAACUCUGGUAUGAUUGUGGCAGAACAAGUUGAAGAUUCUAGUUUGGUUAUGGUAGAAUCAGUUAAGGAAGACUCUCUUGUAGCUGUGGUAGAACUAGUCAAGAAAGAGACUUGUACAUCUGUGGUAGAACCCAUUGAGAAAAACUUUCCUUUAUCUGUGUUACAACCAUUUGAUGAAGAACCUUUUCUAGAUCCAGUAAAACCAGCCGAGGUAGAAUCUUUGGUUGUAGCAGAACAUUUGGAACUAAAACUUCUCUUUACACUUUCACAGCCAGUUACGGAAAAUUCCAUUUUGGCCUCCAUUGAACCACUGGGAGUCAAAGUAAAGCAUCUGGAAGUUGUAGAGCCAAUUAAGAUAGUAUCUUUGGCUUUGAUAAAAAAUGCUGAGGAAGCAAUUUGCUUUGUUGUCACAGAACCAGUUAAGGAAAUGUCUAUAUUGGCACAGCUGAAAGCUUUUGAGAUAAAUUCUGGUGUAUCUGUCACAGAAUUUAAGACAGAACUUCCAUUGGCUGUCACAGAUGAAGUUAAAUCACUUUGGAUUUUUGUUGAUCCAGUGGAAUUUGAAUCUCCUUUGACUCUCACAAAUUCUUUUAAGGAAGAUGUUGGUGCAUCUUGUUUGAUUAAAUUUGUUCAAGUGAAGCUAUAUAGUUGUAUAUCAAAAGUGCAUUUAAUUAGUGGAGAUUAUAAAAUAGAACAGGAAGAAAGGGAACUGGAAUUCUUUAUGGAUGAGGCAGAACCUGUAAAGGUAGAACAUUUAUUGGCUCAGGUAGAUUUAAUGAAUACCAGCUGUGCUCUGGAUGGAGUAAAACUGUACCAGGUGAAAAAAAUAUCAAAAAUAGAGUUCAUUUCUUCACAAGUAGGUUUUGGAAAAGGAUACCUUAAAGUAGCAUCUGUAAUGGAGGUAGAAUUGUUAACAGCAAAACCUUGGGUGAUUCAUGUUGUAUUGUUAAAAAUUCAUACCCCAUUAGAUGAACCAGAUGUAGAAAUGAUAGAUUCCUUGAGUGAACCUCUCACUGUUAGAUUAAGAUGUCUUGACAUAGACCCAAAGAAGAUUGAGUCUUCAGUAGAUGUUAAUGAUAGAAUGAACGUAAAAUCAGUUAUGGGUGAAAUAAAGGUAGUAGAUGUAGAAAUUAUUAACUUAAAGUUGGCUGUGAGUCAGAAAUCAGCAGUGAAAACUAAAUGUUCAUUGAAUGAGACUGUGCCUUUGGAUAUCUGUUCAUAUGUAGAAGAUUCUGCAAGAGUAACAAAAGAAGUGACCUGCAUCACUGCAAAUUUUCUACCACAAACACCUGAGUUAGUAGAAAACCCAGUACCUGAAGAAGCCAAAAUAUUGAUAUCAGACAAAUUAGCUGUGCACUUGAAGGAUCACCAACUUGUUUAUGAAGAAAUGCAACUCCAGACACUACCAUCACCAGUCACUUUAAUGUGGGAGGAAACACUGGCACUUGAGCACAUGCAUACAGAGACUACUUUGGUUGCUGCUCAUGAAAAUAUCGAAGAAGAUGGUAAGCAAGUUAGUGCAAUGGAUGGUGAAGAGGUUGUUGAAGUCAGCCCAGAUGAUGCAUCUUUGACUGAGAAAUUCCUGAAGACUUUUCACAGCUUGUGGGUGUCUCUAGCUGGAGUUCUUCAGCUACCAGAAGGCUUAGCUUUUGGAGUCGAGGCAGAAGUAGCAGAUCCACACAUGUCUGCAGGAGCAAUUGUUUUCCUCUCUAUUGUGGUCUUCACAAUCAUCAGUAUCUACUUCACUCACUUGGUCAUGGUUGUAAGUAUGGCAAAAAUGCUUAUUAGUACUUAGUUUCUAAUUGGAACA